AUGGGGAACACAGGAAAGACUAACAAUUCUUUAGAGCCGCUGUUUAGUGACACAGCAUCAGCAAGAGUGACCGACUUCCAACGCAGCUCGCUGCAGAGGGGGCACGCCCUAGUGUUCCGGGAACAGCGAAGCCGUGGUAACGUGCUCCGAGCAACCCCCAAAGGGCGCACGGCACCUUCCCGCGGAUCGGAAGGAGGGAUCGCGCCCGGCGAGCACCAGCAGCCCGCCGGAAGGGCUCGGGCCAGGCCGGGCUCGGCUUCCCCUGGUCCGCCCGCACCAAGCCCACCGCGGCCACACAGAAGGGGCCGCACACCGCCACCCCAAGCUGCUACUUCUGCUCGCCGACCUGACCAACGAGUUCCGGGGAACAGUGGCAAAAGCCGCCCCAGGGCGACCACAGUGCCCACCACACACGGACCGUCCACGGGCCGCGACGAGGGAAAUGCUACCUCACUUAACCCUCUCCACCGUCCCGUACCAACCGUUCCUCGUGAGCGGUUGGGGGAACCGAAGCUGCAGACAAGCCGCUCCGCUCCAGGCCGCCCUCCUCUUCCCCGCCCCGCACUCUUGCCUCCUCCCCUUCAGCGCCAGGCGCUUACGGCCACAUCGAGAACUCGAGUGAGAGACUGCGGUAAAUUUCAAACCGCCUGCAGGGCCUUGCAGAAGGAAGAAGGGGCCGGCGCUGAGCAGAGGCAGAGAGAGCGCAGGAGAUACCACGACCCACGCUGGUACCGACAGCCACCGCACUUGCGCGGCCCCCCACACAGGCCAGGGGGCGAAGGGCGCAGGCGCCGCGGAGGAGAGGGCGGGACGGCGGUACGCCCGCGUGCGCAGAGCGGGCGCCACUGCAGGGACUGCGGUGAAGGGUGGUGGGCGGUGCCGCGCCCCGCCCCGCCCGGCCCGGCUCGGCUCCGCUGCCGGCGUCCUGACGGCCUACUCGAGUUCCGGGUCGGCGUGGGUGACUACGCCCUGUGGCGGCUCUUCAGCCCAGGCAAGGCGAGAAGGCGAUCCGAAGGAGCAGCGCCCUCCUCUCGCCCCGCUUCUCCUUUCCUCAACAGGCAGCGAAGAGAGGGGGCGUUAUUCUCUGUAGAGUGUCGUACUGCAUUGCACGCUCUCCACCUCGCCCCCCCCCUUAUCAUCGGGCAGGCCGGCUCACUCAGUGCUGUGGUGGGUAGAGGCAUGCGAGAGCUCCGGGAGACCGUGGCCGCCGCUAAGGAACAGCAGCGCGCCUUGCGUGCAUCAACCGCGGCCGGGCCGCUGGGAGUCGCCGCGGUCAUCUGUGUGCCCAGUUCCCACCGCUUCUACAUGGCACCAGAGCAUUUCGGAAGAUUUACCGGAUGGAUAUCAGACAAGAAAGCCCUGUGGGAGGACACAGCAGCAGGCUGGGUGGUUGGAUGUGAAGCAGUUGUGGGAAGAGAUGCAUGGACAACAUGUGAGCAAGAAGCUGAUUGGCUGGUGAGAUGCAUGGAACAGCAGCUCUGCAGCUGAGCAGCCAAUGGGUGCCCUUCUGUUAAGUUUUGCUUAUGUCCACUGGAAGCUGAAGGUAUAUAUGGGAGGUGUUUUCUACAAUAAAGCCAUUUCCUUCA